UGAUGGCAAAUCUCCUAUGCCGAUGUUCGAUAUUCAUGAAAUAUUCAUCACAAGGAAAGGAGCAAGUAUUUCUGUCAUACCUGGGCACUUUCUUAUUUCUGGCCAGUGUCUUUUAUCUGACAUUGAUGAAGGAAGCAUUGUCCUUGGGCUCCAUUUGUAGCACCAUCACGGCCUUUUUCUUUGUAAGAUCCUUCCUACUACAAGUCCAUAAAGAAAGGUCUGAUUUGUUAUAUUUCCAUGAGGCCAUUAUUUUUCUAAGAAAAACUGCCGGUAGUGUUUAUCUGAUUUCCUAGAUUAUUACCAUUUUCAUGUGGUAAAUUUCGCAACUUUAGGGUAAUUUUAGUUUUGAUGGCUGUUUUUCUUUAUUAAAAUGCAGAGACAGUUGUGAUCAUGCCUGCAUUUGGUGUGCAACUGGAAUCUCACUUUUGGAGUGGGAGAGUCAACCGCCGCUUUGUCCCCAUCAGCAAGAUUCUGAAACCUGUAAUAAAUGAAUGUGUGACACCAGUUACUUGUUACUGGAGCUUGGCUUUGAUACUGCGUGGGGAUGAGGAACUGACAUUGGUGUUCAAGGAAUUGCAGCCACCAGUCAAAAUGUUGAUUCCUGUUUGGAAGGCCUUGUGUAAAGCUACUACAGACAAAGAAAGCUCAAUGAGCAUUUAGUGAAGUCAAACCAAGCUGCUAAAGCUUAUUUCUUGUGACUCACCAUCUCCAUAGCAUUGGAGUGGCAUGAUCAUUAGUUGUCAUAUUGACACUGCACUUGUAUGAAGUCGCAAACUGCUUGACUGAGCAUUAGGUUUUAAAAUUUUGAGCCCCUAAGCAUGUUUUUCACAACUUGAGGCUUGCCAAGCUGUAUUGACAUGCAUUCAAAUUCCUUCUGAUCUCUCUUAUUCAUCUGUAGGUUUAUAAAUGAGUCUUAAUUGAAUCAGCCGUUUUUUAUA